CUGUGCAAAGUGUUUGCUGUUGAAAUCAAUUCGUUUUAUUUAAGCCCUUUUUAUUAAUGUGCACAAAUUUUUAAAACCGAUCAGGACUGAAAUUUGGAAAUUCUUUUUUAAGAAAUUACAUUAUAUUACUAUUGGGCGAAAUAUGACUUCUGGUUGGGUUCUACUUAUCGCCAGUAUUCUGCACUUUGGCCUACGUGGAAGCUGCUUCUUGAACAUUGACAGAUUCCCCAUGGUACCCGGCACCAUCUAUGCCGGUCACAUUGCCUACUGUGCCAUCUUGCAUUUCCUUUAUGACACGGAGGUGCUGCCGGAACGAUAUAAACGCCGCAUGAAUCUACUGGCCAGUUUCCUGUGCGAAUUGGUACUCGGUGUGGCCAUCAUGGAGGUAUUGGCCCUAUGGUUGUGGUGCAGUGUGGAGCACAUUGUCCACAUGACGCUGCAGUGUGUACUGAAGCGCUAUUUGGGCAUGCCACCGGAUUUAUAUCAGCAGUGGGAAUAUGCCAUUAUGGGCGGUGUGAUGACCACGCUUGCCAUAUUCCUCUGGAUCAAUGCAUACGAGGCCACCGAUCCGAACGGUAAGCAACCAAUUGUGAUGACCAAAUCGGAAGAGGAAAUAAUAACGACAAAGGAGCAGAAUGCUAAGAAAAAGCAACUGAAGAAGACUCCAAUGAAAAUGGAAUUCGAUCAAGAUACACCUGAAGAUCAACACCCAAAAUGUAUGACCGAAGCGCAGUAGUUAAAAAAAAAAAACAAAGAAAAGAAAAACACGAAAAUUUACUCAAAUUUCGAAAGGCAUAUGAAAUUGAAUUGAAAAAUGCAUUCAACAUUCAACAAAACUAAAUUAAA